AUGGAUGUAGACAUCGAUCUUGAUCGAAGGCGGGCGACAAUAUUCUUCUCGGUCGCUCGCAGACAGUGGCAACAGGGGAGAAUGCCAAGCUUUGCAUUUCUUUUCCCUUUGGUUCUAGCAGUGCUGCUUUUGCUUAUUCACUGGCGGCUUUGCCCCUCUGUCGCAGAGAAUGCAUCUGGUUCAGGACGCGAUACCGCUCUGGGGCGGUGGACAAGUGUUGGCGCCCCAGGUGGACGAGAGAGUUCCAGCUUGGGGCCGACGAGUGAAGAACAAGAGAGGCAGAUCCCGCACCACGACCGCAGCCCGAACGUAGAAUUGGAGGGGUCUUUUGAAAAGGCAGAGAAUAAGGGCGACGAGCCUAUUGGACAGCGGAAGGACAUAGCCACGCCGAUGUUAAGAAGAGGCGGGGAGCACGGGCCAAGACUUACCCCUGCAGCAUUGCCUGAGCAGGACGAAUCAGAAUUGGGUGUAGGUGCAGCCGAUUUGUGGAGAGAGAAAAAUUAUGAAAUGAAAGGACUCACAGAUUAUGUGACCAGAUCUAUAGAAGCCUCACACUGGAACGAGUUCGACGAAGACGCCUUUUCAGAGUUUUCCUUGCCGCAGUUGUACCACGAUAAAACCCCAAUGAGCUUAGAAGCCGUAGACGGCCUCCCAUGGAACGACAGCCAGGAGGAGAUGGAAACACUGUCGUUGCAAGAGGAGGUAGAUGGGGAUGGCCGGGAGAACUCAAGUGAGGAUACAGGAACGGAUACACCACGGUUGGUGUACCAGCGAGAGGGCACAGGGAAGGUCGACGUUCGAAGGAAUGCUGGCGUUGCGGACCGAGGGGGUAACGGCCGCAGGUGGGAAGUAAACGGGAGGGCUGCCUCUCUGGCAGGAAGGGAGAGCAGGGCUGGUAGCAAUAAGGAGGGGACUCGGAGGACGACAACGACACGGUUAUUGGAGAACGCGGAGCGGCUUUCCACCUACACGUUCAUAGACCAAGCGGAGGCUGUCUCCGAGGACGCAAGCAAUGCGGACGAGGGCCAGCAGGCAUUCUUCUCUUCUUUGCCACAGGUUUUGCAAGAGGCAGGUUUACAGCUGGAGGGCUUGAUCAAUGCAGUGAGGGAGGCGAACAUCUCCCACUCCCGUCGGCCUAACGGAAAGGCAAAUAUCGCGAAACCACUUAUGGGUUGGAAUUCCUGGAACACAUUCGGGUGUGAUACGUCACAGCUGAAUGAGCGCCUCAUCAUGGAUACAGCGCUCGCACUCAAAGCCUCGGGAUUACAGGCUGCGGGCUAUGAGUAUGUCAUGCUCGACGACUGCUGGAGCGUCAAGAAGGCUCAGGGACGGGGACCCACGGAGCCCCUUCAGUGGGAUGCUGAGCGCUUCCCUAGCGGCAUGCCAGCUCUCGCGUCUUUCCUGCAUAACCGCGGGUUCAAAUUUGGCAUGUACACAGACAGUGGGUCGCGGACCUGCAUGGGGUAUAUAGGUUCGGGUGGCCAUGAGGACGAAGACGCGCUGGCAUUCCAAUCCUGGGGGGUCGACUUCCUGAAAAUCGACGGCUGCUAUGCAGAUCCGUCAGAUAUGAAAGCGCUCUACAGUAGAUGGUCCCCCGCCUUUGCGAAAGCUGCUGCGGCCAGCCCUGAUAACCAACAGAAAGUUGUGCUUAACUGUAGCUGGCCUGCGUAUGUACACGACAUUACUGAAUUUGAUUUCAGUGCGAUCCAGGGGAUGUGUGACAUGUGGAGAGUAUUCGAUGACAUCGAGCCAACGUGGGAGAGCCUUUCUCGGAUCCUCACUUUUUGGGGAGACAACCAAGAAAUUUUCUCUAGUAUUGUCGCCCCAGGGAGCUUUAACGACCCAGAUAUGUUGGAAGUCGGGAACCGCAGCUUCUCGGCGGCGGAAGGCAGGACGCAAAUAAGUGUGUGGAGCAUCUUGGCUGCUCCUCUGAUUCUGGGCAACGACGUGCGCACGAUGACUUCAGAGACACUCCAGAUCCUGACACAUCCCGAGAUUCUCGCAGUUAAUCAGGAUGAUAUGGUCUUCGGAGGUCUUCGAGUUUUGGAAGCGCCUGGCGCAUUGUCGAUCUGGAUGCGGCCGCUGUCGGGCGGCUCAACUGCAGUCGCGUUAGUGAAUCUGUCUUCACAGCCACUACGUAUUGUAAUCGAGUUGCCUGAGCUACAGCGAGCGUACUGGGAAUCUUGGCUGCCGUGGACCCAUCCGAAGCUCCUACGAAUAUUAAACAGGCUACCUGUAGAAAAGCAAUACAGACUUACGCAGACGCAUUUUCCUCCAUUGAAAAAGGAUAAGACAAAAGAAUCCAUUGGAUGCCACGUUAGAGAUCUCUGGCUUCGCAUAGAUUUAGGUUUCAUGGAGCACGCCAUUGUAUCCCCGUAUAUCUUGGAUCCCCAUGACACCUUCAUGGUGUCAAUCAAUGGAUGCAAACCAGCGGGGACGCCCUAUUUGUUUUCUCCAUCGGGUGAAGAGAAAGAGGAUCACGUGUUCAAGGGUGUCCAGGAAGCAGGAGGAGAGCAUAGACUUCAAACGGACGACAAUGUACAAGAAAUGCGCACGGAGGUCCCUAACAGUAAACGGCUCGCUGGAAAAGCUGAUCUGGAGAAGUAUUCCGAGCCGUCAGCGCCCAGCAGCAUCUCGUGGACAGUUUCCGCCUCCACACGCGAGGAGAUAAGUCUGCCGGAGGCGGGAAUUGGAGUGGAUGAGAUGGAGCGUAGUGCCAGGUCCGCAGAGAGCAGUGCACAAUUAGCUGGUCGACCUGCGGCUGGUAGCGAAAUGUAG